ACACACACACAGAGAGAAGGGGGAGAGAAAGAGCGGCUGCAGAUUUAGACUCUUUGUUAUUACACACUCUGUCACUGAUCUCCAUAGACCUGAUUUCACACGAGGGCUGAAAUGUCGCCGAUUGCCGUCAUCUGACUGGAGCAUAUCGUCUUGCAUCGAUCGCCGUAUGAUCAUGAAGUGUGUGUUGAAUGUUUAUGUGGAUGUGGUGGUGUAAGAUCGUGUGCAGUGUAUGGUGCGUCUGCCAUCUGGACACACUCCGCUAGCUCGCUAGCAUUAGGCUAGCUAAAAAUUAUCAAAACAUAAGUGACUGAGGAGGAAUAAAAUCCCGUUUCCAUGGACAACACGUCCAUCAUUACCCAGGUAGCAAAUCCAAAGGAGGAAGAGAUCCUUUCUUGUCAAGAAAAAGUCUCCCAGUCCAACAGCAGUUUAAAGAAACACAGGAACAGAAGUAUCUUUAGUCCCUUCUUCUGCUGUUUCCGGGACUAUAAUGCAGAACCACCAGCCACCAACAACAAGACCUGCUCCCUCCCUCCACCUGCCGAGGAGAACAGCAGCCCUGCAAAGUGUGAUCAGGUUCAGGUCAUCCCUAUUCCCAGUCCUCCAGCCAAAUACCUCUUGCCUGAGGUCAGCAUUAAUGAUUACGGCAAGAACUGUGUGGUCAUUGACCUGGACGAGACCCUUGUGCACAGCUCUUUCAAGCCUAUCAGCAACGCAGACUUUAUAGUCCCUGUGGAGAUUGACGGAACAGUUCAUCAGGUCUACGUGCUGAAGAGGCCUCAUGUGGAUGAGUUUCUGCAGAAAAUGGGCGAACUCUUUGAAUGUGUUCUCUUUACAGCCAGUCUGGCUAAGUAUGCUGACCCUGUAGCAGACCUGUUGGACCAGUGGGGUGUGUUCAGGGCACGGCUCUUCAGGGAAUCCUGUGUGUUCCACCGGGGGAACUACGUCAAAGACCUCAGCCGAUUGGGCCGGGAGCUCAACAAAGUCAUCAUAGUGGACAACUCGCCUGCCUCCUACAUCUUCCAUCCAGAGAAUGCUGUGCCGGUGCAGUCGUGGUUUGAUGACAUGACAGACACCGAGCUUCUGGAUUUACUGCCACUGUUUGAAGGCCUGAGCCGGGAGACGGACGUUUACGGUGUGUUACAGAGCCCGAGCACCAGGUAACACACACGGGUCCAGCAGCACUGCCUUGCAUACACAAACGCCCCCCUCCUUCCGUCUCGGGUCGAGCCAAUGUUCCGUUCUGGCCUCUAGAGGACACCACUCACCCAACGGACGCUACUUUAUCUCUCUCAGUGGACCAACGGCCAACAAUAUUCCUUGGCGAGCAAAUAUUUACACUCAUGAAGAAAACAAAGCGUCAUCUUUUUAAGAGAAACACAAGAGUUUACUAUCCUUGAGUAUAUUCAACAGGAAAAAAGAACUGAGAAACAACAAGACGUGCUAUUUUUCUGGACCGGCGUGAAAACACUUUGAACUUUUUUUCUGUUCAGGCUAUGCAGGCAGUCUUUUCCGUGGCGUCAUCGGUAGUUCCAGCAACUGUGAUUUAGUUUUUCUCCUUCUCUUGUACCAAACAAAGUGCCUUCUGACUGUUGUUUUUAUGUGGACACAAAUGAGUUUUUGUAUGCUGCAUAUUUACAAUUCGAAACCUUUAAACAAACACUUACUGUAAGACCAAGGCAAACAAUGAGUCUUUUAAAAUGAAUGAAGACUUUACGGUGAAGGUCAGGAGAUUUCACUGGACUGAAUGAUAUUAUCGAGCGAAAGAUGAUGCCGCUAUUUUCUUGGGUUAUUUUAUGCCUUCGGAAAUAUAGCAUCGUGUUCAAAAGAAAUGUUUGCAUCUACUUAUUACCCAACUGUGAUUUGAACUAAUAAUACAACAUAUAUUGUGAAAAAAGCGGUAAUCAACAAUCCAAUAUGUCAGGAUCUGAAAUUUAUAAUCUUCAUUAUCAAAAUAAAAGAUGCAAUCAAUAUAAAGAA